AAACAAGAUGGCCGCCAUGGAUCACGUGUCUUCACCAGCAGCCUCAGCCAUGCAGCAACCAGCCAUUUCCUCCCCCAUGGCGCCUCCUACCGAGUUUGGGCACCAGGAGAGAGGCCAGAGGAACAGCACUGCCCUUGAGGAACCCCUAGGGAAGCAGGGCGAAGGGGGGGAGGGGGUAGGGAAGCAGCAGCAGCAGCAACAGGAGGGGCAGCAGGAGUGGGAAGCCUCGUCACAGCCUCAGGUGGAAGGUGGAGAGCAGAAGGAGGUGGAGGAGGUGUUUAACCCUGAGGAGUAUUGGAGAGUGGUGAGUGGGAACAUGGUGUCAGCGCUGCAGGAGGCAGUGAAGGACGGGCAGCAGGGGUGGCAGCAGCUCUGUGGCAAGGAGCAGCUGUGUCUGUCGCGCCUGCAGGAUCUGUGCAAGGCCGCCCACAGUUUGAAUAUUAGUUUCCAUAAUCAGCGGGACAGCCUCCAUUCAACCGUCCUCAGCAUGGCGUCGUCCUUCAAGAAGUAACACCACAGCCACAACACCACGGCAGCCACAGCAGAGUUGCCACAUCAGGACGCUGGGGUGUCACACAAGCCUACCACACACUUGUCACUUCACCACAUUUUACGGAGGAGUUUUACCACACCACACCACACCACAACAUGCCACACCACAACACGCCACAACACACCACACAGCCACAUAUAACCAAAUUUCUUUAUCAUUUACCACAGUCUACCACACCACACAGUCGCCACACUUCUCUCCUUCAUCAACCACAGCCGUUACCUCACCACCACACCACAGUACCACCACACUACCAAAAAUCUCUCUCUCUCAUAUCACCUACAGUCAUAUUUCUACCACACCACACCAACACAUAACCACUUCAAUUCUCCACUUUCUCAACCACCACCACUGUGACUAAAUACCUCCCAAUUAACCACACUCCACCACAGCCAAAUCCUCACCCUCCACAAAACACACACACGCACACACACACAGACACACAGACAGACAGACAUGCAGUAACAGGUGAAAUAUUUGAUCACCUCGUUAGCCAUUUUGUGACCUGGCUUGUGACCUUUGAUAAUCAUGGUUUGAUUAUUAUUAUUAUUAUUAUUAUUAUUAUUAUUAUUAUUAUUAUUAUUAUUAUUAUUAUUAUUAUUGUUCUAGGACUUAAUGAAUUGAAGUUUGUAUGGAUUUUUUUUUUAUUUAUUUAUUUUUAUUUUUUUUUGGUUUGGUUUGGUAACAAUGGAGGAAAAUAAUGGUUAGGUUUUCUUUUCUUUUUUUUCUUUUCUUACUUUCCUGUUUCCUGUUUUUUUUUUUUUAUUUAUUCGUUAUAUUUUUUUUUUAUAUAUUCAUUGUCAUCUUAUUUUUCUUCCUUUCUUUCCUUGUACUACCUGAAUGGAUUAUUAUUGUUAUUAUUAUUAUUUUUAUUACCAUUAUUUCCUUGUUUCUGUUUACGUUACCGGCAAUAAACGACUCGCAAUUAUUACUA